AUGGCAGAAGCGAUGGUGAGUAACCAGGACAUUUUCAUGUGUCCCGUUUGUUUAGAUCUUCUGAAGCACCCUGUGACUCUCAGCUGUGGACACAAUUUCUGUUCGGAUUGCAUUGAGGCUUGUUGGGAUAAGGAAGACGUGAAGGGCGUUUACAGCUGUCCCCAGUGCAGAAAGACUUUCACUCCGAGACCCGUUUUAGACAAGAAUCAUGUUUUCUCUGAGCUCGUGGAUCAAAUGAGGAAGAGCAGAAUUCAAACUGCAGCUCCUGUUGAAUGUGCUGCUGGACCUGGAGAUGUGGCGUGUGACGUCUGCACCAGCAGAAAACUCAAAGCUGUCAAGUCCUGUCUGGAAUGUUUGAAGUCGUACUGUGCCACUCAUUUGAAAGCACAUAAUGAACUUAUAGGUAGAAAUCAUGCCAUGGUCGAUGCCACUGGUCAGCUACAGGAGAGGAUCUGCUUCCACCAUAAUAAGAUUUUAGAAAUAUUCUGUCGCACAGACCAGAGUUGCAUCUGCUAUCUGUGUACGAUGGAUGAUCAUAAAGGCCACGACACGAUCACAGCAAAAGCAGAGUGGAGCCAUGAAAAGGAGGGGUUGGAGCAGAGCCAGAGGAGAUGCCAGCAGAUAAUCCAGUUGAAGGAGAAGGAGCUGCAGGAGCUGAGGAAGGCUGUGGAGAGUCUCAAUUCUGGUGCACAGACAGCAGUGGAGGAGAGUGAGAGGAUGUUUACUGAGAUAAUCCGCUCCAUUGAGAGAAGGCGCUCUGAGGUGACAGAGCUGAUCAGAGCUCAGGAGAAGGCUGAGGUGAGUCGGGCGGAGGGACUCCUGAAGCGACUGGAGCAGGAGAUUGCUGAGCUGAAGAGGACAGAUGCUGAGAUGAAGCAGCUUUCACUGACACAGGAUUCCAUCCACUUCCUCAAGAACAUUGUGUCCAUCACUGGGAGGCCUUACAGCACAAUUUCAACCAACGUGACCUUCAGCCAAAGCUUUUCCUUGGAGCCGCUGAAGAAGUCUGUGUCUGCACUGAAGACGCAGCUGGAGGAGAAAUUGGAUUCAAUCUUCCAACAAGAAGUAGUCAAGAUAUCUGCAGCAGUGUCUGAUGGCCAGGCUCUUACUGCUGAACCACUGACCAGAGAGGACUUCUUACAGUAUUCCGGUCACUUCACUCUGGAUCCAAACACAGCAUACCACUUCCUCCAUCUGUCUGAGGGGAACAGGAGGGUGGAGUGUAGACCUGGGGCCCAGUCAUAUCCUGAUCAUCCAGACAGAUUUGAUUAUUAUCCUCAGGUGCUGUGUAGAGAGGGUGUGUCUGCACGCUGCUACUGGGAGGUUGAGUGGAGUGGAGAGGUUGGUAUAGCAGUGUCAUAUAAAAGCAUCAGCAGGAAAGGAGAUGGUGAUGAGUGUAGGUUUGGACGUAAUGAUCAGUCCUGGAGUCUGGGCCUCACCGACUGGAGCUCCUCUUUCUGGCACAAUAAUGAAGAGACUGAACUCCCUCUAGUGGCCAGCUCCAGAAUAGGAGUGUAUGUGGAUCACAGGGCAGGAACUCUGGCCUUCUACAGCAUCUCUGGAGACACAAUGACCCUCCUGCACAGAGUCCACACCACAUUCACACACACACUCUACCCUGGGUUUGGGUUAGAUGCUGAAUCAUCAGUGAAGCUGUUGUGAGGCCCCUACAGGCAAAUGCUGCUCCUGUGGGUCAUUCAGAACACACACACACACACACACACACACACACACACACACACACACACACACACACACACACACACACACACACACACACACACACACACACACACACACACACACACACCUGGGUUUUGGUUAGCUACUGGAUCAUCAGUGAAGAUGUUGUGCAUGUGUGCACGCCUGUGAUUGGGAACAUAUGGAGCACAACGUCUGGUGAAAUU